GUCUCUGAGCGAUCACCACGUGUUGCUGGAGGGAACGCUGCUGAAGCCCAACAUGGUGACGCCGGGAUCGGAUGUUGCCAAGGUCGCACCGGAGGUUGUUGGCAAGUACACCGUGGUUUUCCCGCCACUGGGAAGAGGAAUGACACUUAUAUCACUUGUUCGAUCGAUCAUGGAGAAAAUCUCUCAGCUGGAUGAGGAUGGCCAAGAUGAUGACCUUCACUUAUUUGGCGACAAUGAUCAGGACAACGUGUUUGGAGAUCCUCUGCAACGCACAACAAUUCAUAGCUUCUUCGGAGUUUCUUGAUUGUAAAUCAGGUUUGACGAAGCCAUUCAAGAAACCGUGGAGUGUUUUGUUUUGUUCUCUGGACUUGUUUUUAGGAACGGGAUUCGUCAUUCAACGCACAUUAAUUAUUUUAGUCAUUAUCACAUGAAGCGCUGUAAAUCAGGUUUGAUGAAGCCGUUGAAAAGCGUGGACUGUUUUGUUUUGCCACAAGGACAUACUUAAACUAUAUGACUUUUUUUUCUACUAAGCUGUGGACGUGAUUGUGGUCAGAUUCAUCCAGGUCUGGCCAUAAUUACAGUCAAAUACAUUUACAAAAGGUCUAGUGUGAGUAUGCCCUAGGACUUCCUUUUCGUUACCAGAUUCAUCAUUCGAAUUUCCAAGCGCUGAAUUAAUUUGGUGGCGAUCUUCUGGCCAUGCGAAGCAGGGCACGGAAAACACAAUAGGGUUCCGUCUCUGCUUUUAGGUCUGGAAUUCGUCAUCGAAAGUGCACUCGAACGGAUCGCAACAGCAGGCUGUUCUUUCUGGCAUGGGGCUUACUUUGCCUCGGUUCCUGCCCCGUCGUGUGGAAGAUGCUUGCCCUUCGCCUUCAUUCAUUUAUGAGUGAGGACUAGCCGAAAAAUAAGCAGAGGAGUUCAGUGGCUGGGCUUGAACAUUUCUUCUUAGCCUUCUGAGUUGUUUUGCUCUAUCCUAAAGCUGAUAUGAUUUACCAACAGAGGACGGGACACGCUUUUGAGUCUUAACCAUAAACAUAUUGGUCAAGCCUAGGUUUACGGCCAAGGGCUGAAUAAGCAGAGGAGUUAGGUGGAUGGGCUAGAACAUGUCUUCUCAACCUUCGCAAUUGUAUUGCUCCAAAGCUGGGAAAAAAAAGAACAAAAAUAAAAAAAAUUGUAUACGGUGCGCCAACAGUGUCCUGCUCUUAAGCUCUUGAGUCAAGCCUAGGUUCAAGCCCACGGAAGUUGUUUAGGGCCAAGGCCUGAAUAGUGAAUAUGGUGUGCCAACAGAAGGAAAAGGAUAACCCUAUUGGUCAAGCCUGGGUUUAAGGCUUUAAGCUUAAAGGGUUAAGAGAACUUGAGACUCUUGAGAGUUAAGGGUUAAGGGCUAAGGGUUAAGGGUUAAGGGUUAAAGACUCUUAAGAGUCCAACCGUGAAGGGAAAAAAUGUGCGCUGCAAACACAGCUGUGCACAGCACUGAAGAGAUCCACAUUGUUGAGAAAGAGUGCAGUUUUUUUUUUUUUUUUCCCCACAAUCACCGGAAUUGUUUUCUUGUAGAUGGGCCUGGUAAAUGUAAAAAUACUAAAUAGUGAAAAAAAAAUACUAUGCUGAUUUUCUCAUUCAGAAUGUUGAUUCAACUGUGGCUCUGGCUAUAAGGUAAGCCACAAGGUAAGGAAAAAAAAACACCGUGCUCCCCAACUAAAGGAAAACGCCAGUCUCAGGAUGGUGGUGGUGUUAACCAAAAUGCAAUGAGCUAAUUAAUAGCUGGAUCAUCCAGCAGCCAGCCAACAGACCACUGGAUUGCGCUAUCUGAAAUUGUCGCGUAUUGUUAAGUUCCAACUUCCAAGU